ACUUAUAUAAUUGGAAUAAAACUAAUACAAAACGAAGCUUCGUUUGAAGAAACAAGUUUUGUGAAUUGAUGAUGAUGAGAAAUGGCAUUGAGCUACUGGUGAGACGAGUUUCAGCGAUAUCUCAACACUCAGUUUCUUCUAGCUUCCAAGUUCUUCCUCAGUUUUGCACAUCUUCUUCUUCUUCUGAGUCGCCCAGCUCCAAGCUAUUCAUCGGAGGAUUGUCCUGGUCUGUAGAUGAGCAAUCUCUCAAAGACGCUUUCUCUUCCUUUGGUGAGGUUGCCGAAGUUAGGAUUGCGUACGACAAAGGAAGUGGGAGAUCAAGAGGAUUUGGUUUUGUUGAUUUUGCAGAGAAAGACAAUGCUCUGUCUGCUAAAGACGCCAUGGAUGGAAAGGGAUUAUUGGGUCGGCCACUGAGGAUAAGUUUUGCCCUUGAAAGAGUGCGUGGUGGUCCUGUAGUUGUUCCACGUUUUGGGAAAUCAAAGAGAGACAGGUAAAGAGUCUUCAAGUGAUGGAAGCAUCUUGUAGAGAUCCAUCUUUCAAAGACUCUUAAUCGAAUGACAAAAGACAGCAUUCUUGUAGAAGCUUGUGGUUGAGUCUUUUGUUUAGUUGUAAUCUCCAACUCUAUAAACUAUCAUAUAAUAUCAUGUAGUGUGAAAGGUUUUGUUUGCAUCAUACAAUAAUGGAGAAAAGAUAGAAAACUGUUUGAGA